UUUCAAUUUUUCCAGAAUGUGGGAUGAUUGAUGGGGUAAGGAGGAAGAAGCCCCAUUAAUUAUGUGAGGAAAGUGUUGCACAAACAAGUACACGUUAUGGGACCCCCACCCACCUCCCUUCGCUUGGAUGGUGGUGGAUGGUCCUGAUCAUUUUCUCCCGUCCUUUUGUUGAAUUAAUUAUUUUGAAGUUAUAUCAAGCACAGUAUUCUUAAGAUUUUAUAUGAUCUGGGGCUACAAUGUUUGAAGCAAAAUACUUUCCCUGUGGUGUUGACUUGUAUUUUGUAGAUUACUUUGCCAUGGUUGGUUUGUGGGACCUUUUUAAUGAGAUGAUUUGUCACAACCCUGGGUGUUGCGUUAUAAAGCAGCUUGCUCCACCUAUUUUCUUCUUCAAUCUCUCUCUUAUUAUUAGGGAGGAAAAUCUAUCUCCUCUUCUUUGUUGGCAUUCUCUGUGGCAGGAUGGUAAAAGCAAACUUAUCAUCAAAGUGGGAUCUGACUAUGCAAAUUGUGCAAGUGAUGUGAUUCAAAGCUUGGUUUUGCCUUUCUUUCUUGUCUAUCCAUUUCUAAGAGCGGGAAGUGGACCAAGACCCUAAUUUCUCUUUUUCCCUUCUUUUUUGGCACAUGGGAAAACAUGUUUUUGAUGUAAACUAGUUCGAUUAAAGACAAGUCAUUUAGGUUUCAAGUUGGGAUAAGUGGAAAAAUUUUGCCCCUUUCUUUAGACUCUAAUUUGAGUGUUUGUUUCUGCUCAGCGUAAGAGAAGCAAAUCAAUGGAGUUAUGUGGGGGAGUUUGUGUUGAGGGCGCCUAUUUUGCUAAAAAAAAUGGUAGCCCUUUGCUUUUUGAUUCUUGUCUUUACUCUUUACGGUCUGCCUUUUGUUUUUCCUUUUGAGAAACCAUCCUUGUCUCCAAGGAAAAGAAAAGGUGGAAAGCAAACAAACAGAUAAUGACCUA